GUGGGGGUUGUGGGCGCUUCGCGGCCUCGCCCUCCGCGAUCCCCGGCCUUCCUCCCUCAGCCCCCGGGCGGGCACCGCCAGACUAUUGCUCGUGUGGGCAACGGUGUGGAGCGGCUAGGAGAGCUUGCUCCUUUGCAGCUGAUGGAUGAGGCCUGGGGGCCGUUUGUAUCAGUUGUGUGGUUGCAUCGGCUUAAUUCGUUGCAAAUGGUACGUUGCAGCUCUGCUGUAGAAGGAGGGGCCCUGCGGGUGACCUUGCAGAGGAUUUGAUAGCUAGCAUUGAGGUGACAGGGGAGAAACUGUCAGUCUGAGAACGCUGAAAACAAAGGGGAUGAGCUCCACAUGGAGCUGAAGUGGGCUGAGUAGGAAGGAACUGAGUGGGUAAUCAGGUGCAGCUGAAGUUUGAGGAAGGAAGGAAGGAUAGAGGGAGGGAAAGGAGGAACUGAUGUGGUGGGUGAGGAAAACGUUUGAGGGCCUCCAUGUGGCUAGGAGGGAUUGCUGUCACUGUAGGUGGGGACAGGCUGUAAUAAGAGCCAGGCUGCUUGGGAGACCUGUGCGUAAGGGGGAGGUUGGCUUCUAGAGGUGCCAAAGGGGAAGAGUUGGCAGCGCUUGAUACAGUGUAAGUGAGCAGGACAAGAGAGCGACAGGAAUUAAGAGCAGUCUGGAGUGACACUGAUGUUGUUACUCAUGGCAAGAAAAGUCCCAGACAGGGUAAGGAAUCUGGCCUUGGCCUUCUAAGUUUGGCCAUAUAUUGUAAGCAUCCAGGCUGUGAGUGUUUUAGGAGGAUAUGAAGGUACUGCUGAAGUGCUCCUACUUCUCUUAUGCCUCUGGCCCUGUUAUGGGUCAGUGGGAGGUGGGCUUGAUUCCUCUCUUCCCCUACACAUGACUUAAGACUCAAAGAGCCAGCAAGCUGUGCUGAAGUUCUUUGAUUUGUCUGAUGCCCCUUCAGCCAUAGCUGACGUCUCCCCAAGUUGAAUGCAAGAUCCUGUUGUGCCUUUGGAAGUUACUGUACAAAUUCAAACUUGUAUCUUUUAAAAGAGAAGUGUAGCAGAAAUGCUAAGUCAUGGCUUGAACCAUUGAUUGAGCACCUGGUGGGAAGGCAGGGCCAACCCAAGGGAGCUCAGGUGCAUGCAAUGCACCUGAGUGAUUGGAAGGAGUAGAGCCGGGAUCCACCCGUUCCCAGACCUCACUUAGGGCUUGGCAGUGGAGGAAAGGGUAUCUUGCUGGAGAUUCCUGUGUAUCUGAGGCUUUCCAAAGAUACCUUCUUGAGCAGCGAGAUGUGGAAAUUAAUGUCCGUGAUAAGUGGGACAGUACACCUCUGUAUUAUGCUUGCCUCUGUGGACACGAGGAGCUUGUACGCUAUCUUCUAGCCAAUGGAGCAAAAUGUGAGGCAAAUACAUUUGAUGGGGAACGUUGUUUGUAUGGAGCAUUGAGUGAUGCCAUCCGACGUCUGCUGAAGGAGUACAAGCAGAUCACAGCAAAGUGCAUGAAAAGAGACUACUAUGAUGUCUUCCUACAGCGGUUGCUGGAGCAGGGUUAUCAAAGCGACAUCGUUUUCAUUGUUCAUGGCAAAUCCUUCUGUGCCCACCGCUGCAUUCUCAGUGCUCGCAGUGCCUACUUUGCGGAAAUGUUUGAGACCAAGUGGAAGGGAAAGAACAUGAUAGUGUUGAAGCAUCCACUGAUUAAUCCCGCAGCCUUUGGCUCUCUGCUGCAGUAUCUAUACACAGGUCGUCUUGAUAUUGAUGUAGAAUAUGUAAAUGAUUGCAAGAGGUUAGCCAAACAGUGUCGGCUGCAGGACCUCAUAGAUGACUUGGAGACCAAAUGUAAAAAAGUCUAUGAAUUUGUCUCUUCCAAGCCAGGGACCUGUGUGAAAGUGCUGACGAUUGAGCCCACAGGUAACUGCCGGCUGCAGGAAGAUCUGGCUCUUCUAGCAGACUGCGCCCUGCCAGCAGAACUGCGGGUUGGUUUUGGGGAGUUGCCGUUUGACAGCACUGACAACUUCAACAGUUGUCCUGAUGUGUGUUUCCGGGUGGCAGAUUACAGCUUCUUAUGCCAUAAGGCAUUUUUCUGUGGUCGCAGUGAUUAUUUCAAAGCCCUUCUUGAAGACCAUUUCUGUGAGAGUGAGGAGCUGCAGACACAGCCCAGCAUCCCUGUGGUGACUCUCCACAACAUCUCAGAAGACAUCUUCAUCCGAGUUCUCUACUAUAUCUACAGUGAUGAUACAGAGCUGUCCCCGGAAAACGCCUACGAUGUGCUGUGUGUGGCAGACAUGUACCUGUUGCCUGGGCUCAAGCGCCUGUGUGGCAGGACCUUGGCACAGAUCCUUGAUGAAGACAACGUUGUCAGCAUCUGGAGGAUUGCAAAGCUGUUCCAGCUGACCCGGCUAGAGGACCAGUGCACAGAGUACAUGGCAAAGAUCAUCGAGAAGCUGGUGGAGUUGGAGGAGUUUGUGACUGCUGUGAAGGAGAACGCGGAGGCUGUGGAGGAACGGCAGGAGACUGACUCCAUUCCCCUGGUUGAUGACAUCCGCUUCCACAUCACUAGCAAUGUGCAGACUUACAGUGCCAUUGAGGAAGCCAACCAGAAACUUGAAGCUCUGGAAAACCUCCUGGCCAGUAUAGGGCUUGAGUGCUGAUGUGUGCAAACCCUGCCUGUCAUAUGCAGCCUGCAUAACCCCCCAUGGGUUGGCUUAGAGUGCAAGAACAUCUGAGUCACUGAAUGUUUAAUUUUCCCCCUACCUUGUCCCCCUUUCCAUCCACUUUCAGGCAUGAUUUCUUUUUAAUUUAUUUGUGUCUGGACAUUUGCAUGUCUGGUUUGUGUUUGGUUUUAUUUUGUUUUUGUCUCUCCUUUCAGAAGUAGCUCCCAAAGCUCAGCCUAAUUUAGUUGCUACUGCUUUGUACAGUACAACGCGGGUAGGAGACCGCAAGCCAUGGGGGUGAGGGGGCUGUGCUGGGGGACUUGCUAUUGCCUGAUGUUAGGAUCCAUCCUGUCCUGUUGCCGAAAAGCACACUUCUGAAACUGGUUCAUGCCAGGAUAUUUGUUGUCUUUCCAGCAGCAGCAGAAGAAAACUGGAUUAAACUUUCCAAAUAAGUGUUACAGAAAGGAGAUGGCCUUUCUUUCACUGUUAGCUUUAUAAGAUCAGAGAAGGUAAGCAGCAUUUCCCUAACAGAGGUGCAGGAGCACUUGGCUGUAUGGAGGGUGCUGUUUUCACCUGUUGUUCUAGUUCUUAAGUGGAAAAAAAGCCAAAGCGACUUCCUGAUCGUCCCUAAUUUUCAUUGCUCUGAAGUGCUGGCGUUUGGAUUUCCACACUCAGAGGAGUGGAAAAACUCAGAUUUUGAGAUUCCCGAAAUCUGACAGAUGGACAAUGUAUAUGCAAUCAGGAAGGAGAUACAGAGCAAAGAUUUGAUAUUUUUCUUGUUCCGCAUGUGAUGCGCAACUGAAUAAUUUAAAAGCUUUUCUUUAAGAACAAAUAUCUUUGGGACUACAGUAGAGACCAGAGUCGUCUUUCCUAGAAAGCAGUGGCUUUCAAUGAAUAAAGAAGGGAGAGGCCCCUUGUCUCCUACCAGGGAAAGGAAAUGCCUUCUUACUGGAAACAGCACUUUUCUUUUGGUCCAUUGUGGUAGAGCAAAACAGACUUCCUGGUAGAUCAGGAGAGAGGGGUCACCAGAAGUCUCUUUAAAAAAAAAAAAAUUUAAAAAAAAAAAGGAAAAGGGGCCUUCUGGGUCUCCUGGGGGGCAGCUGUCCCACUCUUUGACCUUGUGGCUUUGCUCAGACCUCAGCCUUGUAGCUUCAUUGUUCUCCAGGAAAUUUGCUGUUUGUACUAAUGAAUGUUUUUGAGUCUGUGUUCUGCAGUAGGUCAUGUUAUCUCUUCGUCUCCCUAGACUCCUAAUGAGGGUAAUGAUGUUAUUUCUCCUCAGCACCGAUCAGCAGGCAGCACCCCUGCACAAGGCUUUGGCUGCCAAGUAGGCUGCCCUGAGAGCUGUUUGUCUCUGGAAUGGCACGUAGGGAGAGUCUCAGGUCUCCAAGGCUCAGGCUGGGCAUGCUCUGCCGUGCUGUGAGUUGGGAGGAAGAAAAAGCAUUGUGUGAAGCACGCAGAGAAUCUUGCACAGAUGGUGGCUGCCAUUACUAAUACAUAUUGUCAUUUUGGUCACUCUGUGAAGUGAGAGCUUAAAAUAAUCCAUGUCAAGUGUGCUUUUAGCAUUUGAGGUGAGAACUGGGUGCUGGUCCCCUGCAGUUCCGGGGUGUUGUUUCCUGUAAUGGUGGUGUGGUUCUUCACGCUGAUAAGCAGUGUUUGGAGCUCCACUGUUCAGCAGGGACUUGCUGCAGGUGUUGAGUUUUCUGAGAGGAUGGGUCUGACCUCACCUGGUGAGGCUCUCAUGCUCCAACCAAACUUGCUGCCCUUGCUCAGAGCAUCUGCCCGCACCCAGCGUGCACUGAAGCUGUGUGUACUCGUGGGCAGGCUUUGGGCACCGCUUGCACUAGGUAGGCUGGUUUCACUGAGAAGGUGUCACUGAGGUUCGGCUGCUGUACUUGAGGAGCUGGACUUUGUCAAAAUCAUGUCAAGAUUGAGUUGCACUAGCAGAAGCUGGGGGACAGAGCUGGCAGGGCAGGAGUGGGGUGCAGAGAGAUUAACUGACCCCAGGUGUCUGUGCUCUUCUGUGUUUAACUGUGAUGGGGGUAGUGUCUGCAUGGCUGCUUCAAUUCUUCUGUUUCAGGAUGUUUGUGAAGAGUUGUCAUUUGCUUUCUGCAGCCGUACAGGGGCAAGGGAAACAGGUGUGCUGGUGCAGGAGUGUGUUGCUAUAUGGAAGCAACAGGAGUGUGCUUAUGUUUGGGGUGGUGACGUGGAGAGGAGCUGUGUGUGUGUGUGUGUGUGUUGUGUGAGUGGGGGAUGUAUGUGUUUGUCCAUCUCCAAGCUCAGUAUGUAUGACAAGACCACCAAAGAAUGCAACUAAAGAAAAAUGCAACUUGAACUGAUAAAAGCAUCUCAGUAGAUUUGAGGAGGGGAAGGACUAGUUAGAAAGAUCUGAUAUGAUGUCCCAGAUACUUUGGGCAAAGAGGGGUGGAAGAGCAGAACUGCCUGCUUCCUUGCUCAGUGAAAUGUCAGUCUCAUGAAAAUCUGCUACAGAAACAACCGACAGCUUAGCCCAGCUGGUUCAUGCCCUGCAUUACUCCUCCAUUUAUGGCUGAAGAUGAUGCUGAACAUAAGCAGGAUGUUUAGUUUAUUGCAUCCUCUCUACUUCUGCACAAAUUCCCCAUCUGAUGUCUUGGUAGUUGACUUUCCACAGCAAUGGUUGUGACAGCCCUACACGAGGCUCGCACGGAGCCGCUGGAGAUCAGAAUGUGGCCGUUGCCUUCUGUUUGUACUGAGCAAGAUGCAGAAGCAGGAUUACCAAGGAAUGUGCUCGUUCUUUUCUCAGCAGAUGCCUCAGCUGCUAAAGCUAAAUGGACACCGGCAGUGCGCAAAGCAGGAGGGAAGCAAAGGAGGAGCAGCGGUGCUGCAAAGUGUUUUCCAUAUGGCUGCUCUUAAAUAAUUCCGUCCUGCAAGUGAGGCUGCAGUUGUGCUCGUGGGAGGAAAGGUCAGUGUGGCCUUUUGGUCUGUCCCCCAGCAGCACAGCUCCAUGCAGACAGCCAAGCUCAUGCCUCCUCUGUCUGCGGGCACUUAGCGGUCACAUCUGUGAGCCCUGCUGGAUUGUCCAGUUACGUGGGGUCCUUUAACACCCCCCCACCCCCAAAUUCCUUUUGGCAAAAUAGGGCUAUGAAGAAGCAUGCAUAAGCAGAUGGUCAGCAUGCAGGCAAGCUCUCUGAUUAACAUGAGCCAGGUCAAAACGUAGACUUGAUUUCACUUUAUUCUUGCUGCAAAUAAUUUUAUCACAAAAUAAACAACGUAGGAUUUGAUUUCUGUUGCCAGCGUCCUUUUUGUGUUCUGUUGGCUCUGUCCCUUUUAUUUACUACUAGCCACUUGUGGAAUUAAGAAGAUUGUAAAAUUUAUCAGAGCAACAAUAUAUUUAAGAAGAAAUGUGUAAGCAUGCGUGCAGCAAUAAAAUAGUAUAUUUCACUACA